AUGGCGCAGCCCAUCCUGGGCCACGGGAGCCUGCAACCUGCCUCCACUGCUGGGCUGGCAUCCCUGGAGCUCGACUCGUCCCUGGACCAGUACGUGCAGAUCCGCAUCUUCAAAAUCAUCGUGAUAGGGGACUCCAACGUGGGUAAGACCUGCUUGACCUUCCGCUUCUGCGGAGGGACCUUCCCGGACAAGACCGAAGCCACCAUUGGCGUGGACUUCAGGGAGAAGACGGUGGAAAUCGAGGGCGAGAAGAUCAAGGUUCAAGUGUGGGACACAGCAGGUCAGGAACGCUUCCGCAAAAGCAUGGUCGAGCAUUACUACCGCAAUGUGCAUGCAGUGGUGUUUGUCUAUGACGUCACCAAGAUGACAUCCUUCACCAACCUCAAAAUGUGGAUCCAAGAAUGCAAUGGGCAUGCUGUGCCCCCGCUAGUACCGAAAGUGCUUGUGGGCAACAAGUGUGACUUGAGGGAACAGAUCCAGGUGCCCUCCAAUUUAGCCCUGAAAUUUGCCGAUGCCCACAACAUGCUCUUGUUUGAGACAUCGGCCAAGGACCCCAAAGAGAGCCAGAAUGUGGAGUCAAUUUUCAUGUGCCUGGCUUGCCGAUUGAAGGCACAGAAAUCACUGCUCUAUCGUGAUGCUGAGAGGCAGCAGGGGAAGGUGCAGAAACUGGAGUUCCCACAUGAGGCUAACAGCAAAACUUCCUGUCCCUGUUGA